UUUUCUUUCAGCUCACUUUGGAUCAGAACACAGCAAACAGAAACCUCCUUCUGUCAGAGGACAAGAAACAAGUGGUGGUGGUGAAAGAGAAGCAGCCAUAUCCUGAUCAUCCACAGAGGUUUGACAGCUGGAAGCAGAUACUGUGCAGCGAGAGUUUCACUGGUCGCUGCUACUUUGAGGUUCGAUGGAAAGGAACCGUUAGAAUAGGAGUGACUUAUAAAAGAAUCCAAAGGAAGGGAGACAGUGAGGAGUGCUGCAUUGGGUGGAACGAUCACUCUUGGAGUGUUCUCUGCUCAUCUCAGUGUUUCUCCGUAUGGCACAAUAACACCGAGUCAAACAUGAAAACAGUCUCUGCCCCUGACUCUGACAGAAUAGCGGUGUUUCUGGACUGGUCUGCUGGUACUGUGUCCUUCUACGCUCUCCCAGGUGUGGUUUCUUCAAUAAAAAAGGUCCAUUUACACACUUUUCACGCCACAUUCACUGAACCUCUCUACCCUGCAUUUUCAUUUGGAACAAACUUUGAGUUUGAGAAAGACUCUACAUUGUUGUCUUCCUCUGUGCUUCUGUUACAUGUUGAUUGAUCAAAGUUCAUCAUUACUAGAAGAGUGAUAUCCAGCAAUGC